CCCCCCUCCCUCCCCCUCCUGUUCAGAAGCACCCUCCGGCCUCUCCCCUCCCCUCCUCCCAAUCAACAUGUCCCGCACCUCCAAGUACAAGACUGACAAUGACCUCAGCAAGCGUCAGACCGAGUCCAAGAAGAUCCUCGAGAAGCACCCGGACCGCGUCCCCGUCAUCUGUGAGAAGGCUGACAACUCCUCCAUCCCCGAGAUUGACAAGAAGAAGUUCCUCGUUCCCGGCGACCUGACUGUCGGCCAGUUCGUCUAUGUCAUCCGCAAGCGCAUCAACCUCGGCCCCGACCAGACCCUCUACGUCUAUGUCAACAAGGGUCUCCCCCCCACUCACACUCCCAUGAAGGUCAUCUACGACGACAACCGCGAUGAGGAUGGCUUCCUCUAUGUCACCUACUCCGGGGAGAACCUCUUCGGCAGCGACGAGAACACCGAGUCUCAGUAAAUGUGUGGUCUCUCGGGCUUUGCGUCCCCCCCCCCCCCGCUUU